CCAUAUUAUACUCACUCAUCAAUCAUCUCUUGCAUACUUUCAUAUAUACAUUAUCGUGCUUGUUGUUAAGCAAAACAUGGCAUCCUCAAAGGCUUUUCUUCUUCUUGGUCUUGUCUUUGUUGUUCUCCUCAUCUCCUCUGAGGUCUCAGCUACUCCAACUCAGGAGAGUAUAGUCAACGGUGAUGGCCACGGACAUGGAGAGUAUGGCCAUGGACAUGGAGGUUAUGGACACGGACAUGGAGGGCAUAACCACGGACAUGGAGGGUAUGGCCAUGGACAUGGAGGGUAUGGCCACGGCCACCACGGCAAAGGGGGGCCGGGUGCUGCUGAGACUGAAAUCGAGAAUUAGAUAACCUAUUAGUUUCUGUGACUUACGUUGCAGGUGUGUUGUAAGGGUAGUAGUACGAAAUAAAGUUGUUUGGUUGAGUAAUCUAUAUGAAAUCUCAAUCAUAGACUCGUCUUAAGCUUGUUCUCGUGUUCUCUGUAAUGUACGCAUUGGAAUGUGUUCUCUUGUUAUGUGAUAAAAUGUGAUGUAACUUGCUCAAUACAUAUAUUAUGUAAAAAAAAUGUUUAGUA